UUUGUGCGCUGCCACCGCCGCCGCCGCCACCACAACACCGCUACUGGUGGUUGGUGUUAUAGUGAAGAAAAUGACUGAAAUUGAAUGGAAUGUGGAAAAUGAGAUCCAGCUCUUUUAUGCCAUGAUGGGCCACAAACCAGUGGGUGUGAAUAAACACUUCCAAAUGAUGUUUAUCCAUAACAAGCUCAGCUCCUCCCUGAACUGCGAGCUCUCAACACGGACUAUAUGGAGUAAACUGGAAACUUUAUAUGAUAUGGCAGCUUUGGAUGAAUCUGACAAGCUACCAUUCCCAAACGAUGAAAACGAAUUUAAUUUACCGGAAGUAGACUUUUCUGAUCUGCUUGAUGAACGAAGUAAACCUGAAUUAAAAGAAGAAACCAAAGAAAGAGAGGAAAAGGAAAUUAGAGCUCGAGGACGACCACCAAAGAAAGACCCCGGGGACAAGUUGGAAUAUAAGGAUGAAGGAGUGAAGCGUGAACGUGCGCGCGAACUGCGAGACGAAGAAGACGAUGCCCCAAGACGGCCAGGAAAAAGGGGACGGGAUUCUAAGCCGUCUUCUCCAGCACACACUCCUUCACAAAAUAAAAGACGUAGGAAUUGAUUACAUUGUGUUGUCACUCCUCACAUUACACACAAAAAUUACCCAAACACCGGUUAAUCAAUUGCCCUGGUUAGUGAUACAAAUGCUUAAGUAACUCCAUAAUUUUUCAGUUUGCAAACUUGAGAUAGCCUCUGUAGUUAAUUUGGUUUGUAGAAUGAAAAAAGUAUAUAGAAAUCUGGUUUUGUAUUAUUAGUUUGUAAUCAUGAUAAAAUUUUAAUACCAUAUAACACAGGCAGUCCCUCAAUUUGUGCAGAUAUUACUUUCAUGUAAAUAAAAUGCUGACUAAAUCCAACUUAAAAGGUACAAUACAGUAAGUAUAUAGGAAAAAUACAAUUUUGCUCUAGAGUUAUCCAAUAUUCAUGCUUUACCCAAUAAAACAUCUACUUAUAUAAAUACUAAUAUUUAAUAUUCCCCCCUCAUUUCCAGCAAUAAAUAUACAGUAAAUAGCACAUAAUAAUGUCCAAAAUACUUGGGUGGAAUGAUGCAUCAAUAUAAUCCAAAAAGUUCAUAAAACACAAGACUGGAGCAUGUAUAGGAGCUCAACACACUGUUGAGAAGGCAGCACACUUGCAAAGUCUGUGUAAAGCUGUGUUAGUUCACACACUCAAUGCACAUACAGUACUGUUCAAAUUCACCCUUCACACUUUGAAACUUGGCAAUAAAUUGCUAACCUGCAAACCACCAAAUGUACAUUUCCAGUACCAUGCAAAUUGAGGACUGCCCAUAUAAAAUCUUUUCGUUUUUUGAAGUAUUUGAUAAUCAGAGAUCCUGACAUUUUAUUUAACUUAAAAGGCAUCAUAAGCCAUCUUAGGUAAUUUUGUAACAAUGAAGAAAAAAUAUUUGUAAUUGUUUUUAGAAAGUCCAAUAUGUAAGUAAUGUGAACCUUUGCAUUCAUUACAUAAACACUCGUGUAAUUGGCUAAAUCAAAAAUAUUCUAUAAUAUUUUUAGUAAAAUAUUACUUAUUAAUUUUUAUAGAUCUUGUGUAAAAUUAGUAUGUACAAUAAUUGUACUUGCUGCAGUCUUUAACUGAAAAAUGAUAGGGAAGGUUUAUCUGUCUUGUAUACAUUUAAAUGACAGAUGUAUACUUUUUUUAUAUAUAUAGAAAUUUCAUAUUUAGCAUUAUGACAAAAGUAAUAAAGUUGUUUUGAAUUAUAAAACUUGCCAUUAUAGAAGAAAGUUAAGCAUCACUAAAUGGGCAAGUUAAUUUAGACGACUAUAUAUUAUUUGUAGAUAUUUGUAUUUAUUUUCAUAUAAAUCAUACAAAAUAUAUGGGGUGUGAGCACGCAUCUGUCGGAGAUUUACUACCCAAUAGUUGUCACAUUUCGUGACUCGGUAGUAAGUGGGUGAGAAGCAUUAGUAAAGGCCUGAAGUCUUGAUGUGGGAUAUCUUGUCUGCAUGUGAUAGUCCAGGCUGUGUUGGUAUCCAGACUCAAAUUGUUUUCAGUGUGUACAAUAAUUAUGUAGUAUAUAUUUGAAGAUGCUUUAUAAAUUUUUCUAUUUUGAAACUUUGUUUCCUCUGGCAUAUUGCCAUCUUCAAAGGGAAGGCCAUUUGCAGAAUCUUUCUUUGAUAUUUUAAAAUGUUGACCAGAGAAUAUUACACAACUGAUUUGGUUACUUAUAUCUGAAACGAGAAACUUAAACUUUUGAGAAGAUUAUGCAAUAAAAAUUAUGGGAAUAUUAAUGGUAUGUAUUGGCAGAUAUCAGCAGGCCAGCCCUACCUUACUUCUGCAAAUUGUGUGCAUGUUACUGAUUGUUAUGAAGAUGGAUUUGUAGAAUAUUGUAACUAAUUGGGAGCAGUGUCGUGCAGUAUUUAUAAUAUUCUAGAAUUAGUGUCAUCUGCAGAUAUGGCAAGUUUCUCACCAGUAUUAGGAAUUGACAGGCUGGUCUUAAAGUGUCCAUUCCAGAAGGCUGACAGUAUAAUUUAGUUGUGGCAUUGAUUCAACCACUGGGCCACACUCCUUAAUUCUCUCAUAAUAAAGCAUUCAGUUAUGAAAUUUCUGCUAAGUUAACAUAGAAUUACUAGUAAUUUAUUUCCCUAGAAUUUGUUUCUUUCAUUUUGUCAUUUGGAUAGAACUACUGUACUUUUAAAAUUUUGCAUCACAGAUUUUCACUCAAAAUUGUUUGCAACUAGUGAUUUGGUUUUCAUGGAAAUUGUUAUCUGAAGCAGAAAAAACUUUAGGUUGAAGUGACUACUUUUAUGUGUGGAAUAAAUAAACAACGCAUUUACAUUUCUGAGAUAAUGACAGCAAACUUAUUUCAGUCAUUUUGAACAUUGCGCUGAUAUUUUUCCACCCCAAGAAAAUUAAAAAUAGCGUGAUUAUAAAGUAAUGCUUUCCUCUUAUUUUGGACUUGGCAAUUACUUUGGAGGAAAACAUAAUUGUAUGGUUAACCCAGCUUUAUAUGUGAUUGGAGAGGGAAAGUGACAAUUUAACUUAAGAGAACGUUUUGAACGUAACGUCUGCAAGUCAUAACUGGAUGUUUGGCUUUAUAGUGCACUCCAGUACACUUGUGCCAUAAUAGAAGUGAGUAGAGAGAAAGAGAGAGAAUACUGUAAUGUAAUAACUGUCCAUUGUAUAAAGGACUGUUAAAUCUGGUAGGUAUUGAUGUUUUUUUACUACUAAUUAUGAAAGAGGAGAGUGAUGGUGCAAUUGAAUUUGAAUGAUAUCUUAAGGCGAGUGGUUUUUGUUAGUUUGUUGUGUAAAAUAUUUAUAUUUGAAAGUGCUGUACCAUUUAUAAUAAAAAGAAUAACAUUGGUAGUAAAUAGCAAUUGUGGAAAUUAAGUAAUGUUUGGUAUUGCUGAAUAAAGACUAUUUACCAUUCCAUUAUGCAAUGUAAAGUUGAACUGCUAUGUAUAAUAUUUGCAUAGUGAUGUUGAGUAUUGUAUCUUGCUAAUAUUCGUAAGUCAUAAAAGCAUACAUAUAUUGGCAUCCUGAACGAUAUCUCAAGACUUUUUUAAUAUUCUGCAAGACGGUGCAAGAAUAUAUAGUUUCCUGGGCUUGGCACCUUUGCUAGUUAGUUCUUAAACCGUUAUUUGAGAUAUAUAAAUUGAGAACACUUAUAGGCGAAUUGACUAAACUCAGAGCUAGACUUGAUAUAUACUGGUGAUCUUUGUAUAAAUCUGUUAAAGCCAUGUUUUGGUAGUAUCUUUGUUAAGGUUUCUCCACCAGAGCCUAGUGCAGCAUUAAGCAGGCAGCAGUGUACUGUAUUAUUAUAAAUUGUUUAUACACUUGAAUGGCAUGUGUUAUGCAAGAGUCUCUGCCAUACAUACCAACACACCAGUCUGUGAAGUAACAGUAUUACUGUAUAUCUAUAUGCGAGUUAUGCAUUCUGAGGCAACCUCAACAUAAACAAAAUGAACACACAGAAUGAACGUAAAGUUGUAUUGGGAAAAUAGUGAUGCAUUGGAGACCUCUAGCGUCUACUUUCUUUGUACAUUCACCAAAGAUGUAAAUGAAAAUAAAAAAACAUUUAUGAAGCAUAAUGUAGUUUGUGCUUUUAUCUUGGAGUGUAUAGCUGUCAUUGCACAAUGUUUGCAAGGUAUCAUGACAAAAAAAUUUAAUAAUAAGGGAAAAAAACAUGAAACUCAUGUCAACUUGGUGAACUUACUUGGUGAAUGAUGCAUCAUGUAUAGUGAAUGUUGGUGUUAUAAUUCUUGUGUAUAGUCAAUUUUUGGUGUUAAAAGCCAAUCUUACGUAUAGUCAAUUUUGCAUGUAGAGGAUUGACUACUUGAAACCUAUCUUUCUCCUUUUUCUUGCUCAAAUUAUUUUAGAUCUUAAAAUUGUAAUGGUUUUAUUUCACCAAAUGGAGUAUUUAUUACUUUAGUCUUGGGAACAAGACUAGUGACUUUUAUUUAUUCAGUGUUGUAAAGGUAAAUAAUUAUGAAAAGAGGUAGAUUUACUGCAGAGUAAAUAUUCUUUGCUGUCCAUCUCAUAAGACAUUUCUAAAUUAAUUAUUUAAAAAUCUUGUUUGUGCAAUGGUUAGCAUUAUAUUCAAGUUCACCUACUGAUACCUGUACCCAUAUUCUGGCUUUGUCCAACUGUUGAAAGGGUACAAAUCUUGAGUGUUUACAAUUAAUCAUCUAGUGUUAACUGUAUAUAUUUGUUUCAGUUUUGUUUAAAGAAUCCAUAAAAUUCACUGUGAUUAUCACAUUUGUUAUAUUGAAUCUUGCCACUAGUUGAGAUGAGAGCUUCCUGUUUGUCAGGUAAAAUUGCAAUCCGUCAUCCAAAAAUAAUAGUAUGCAUUAUCACUAUGGAUGCAAGUACAAAAUAUGAACUGUUGCAUUUAAAAAAAAAGAUAACUUUUGUACUAUUAAUUUUGUAGAGGGCAUGAGAAAGCGGAAACAACCAAAUCUAAACACGUCUAGGCCCAGUAGAUUUGCACUUGAUGUACAAAACUAGGCCUAAGAUUGCUUGUUAAAGUCUAGGAUAGGUUUAUAGUUAUUCCACUUUUUUUUUUUUUUAUAUA